CCACGGUGGGAAGAGCAAGUCAAGGUGGGCGGAGCCUGACUCCUAACCCAGAGGAGGCGGAGUUCACGGAGGCAGGGUUCAGAGGCCUUCUUUCCUAACCUGUUAGCUGGCCUAGAGUGAGAGUCCCUGCCCACCUCGUUACUUUUGUUUGGAUUUUUUUUUUUCUUUUGCCUUCAUUUUAUCUGUCUUCCUCUACUUGCACACUUCAUUGACCUGAAGAAUUGAGAGCAGGGGCUGUUUGUGCUUGGUACACUGUGAACUCCUGUGAUAGUUAGCCUACAAUAGCUGUAUUUGUACAUCCUCACACAUAAAGAAGAAAGAAAAUGGCCUGUGCUGAGUACUCUUUUCAUGUGCCAAGUCUAGAGGAACUUGCUGGAGUUCUGCAAAAAGGGCUAAAGGAUAACUUUGCAGAUGUCCAGGUCUCUGUGGUUGAUUGCCCUGAUUUGACUAAGGAGCCAUUUACCUUUCCUGUAAAAGGCAUCUGUGGGAAAACUAGAAUUGCAGAAAUAGGAGGUGUGCCUUACUUAUUGCCUGUUGUAAAUAAAAAAAAAGUUUAUGAUCUAAAUAAGAUUGCAAAAGAAAUCAAACUUCCUGGAGCUUUUAUUCUUGGAGCGGGGGCAGGCCCAUUUCAGACUAUUGGGUUCAAUUCUGAGUUUAUGCCAAUUGUUCAAACAGAAAGUGAACACAAACCUCCUGUGAAUGGUAGUUACUUUGCCUACAUUAACCCUAAAGAUGGAGGAUGUCUACUAGAGAAAUACAGUGAGAAAUAUCGUGAUUUUGGGUGUGCAUUACUGGCUAAUCUUUUUGCCAGUGAGGGCCAACCUGGAAAGGUCAUUGAGGUGAAAGCCAAAAGAAGAACUGGAAAACUUAACUUUGUGACUUGUAUGAGGCAGACUCUUGAAAAACAUUAUGGAGAUAAGCCUGUAGGGAUGGGAGGUACUUUCGUCAUUCAGAAGGGAAAAGCCAAGACUCACGUUAUGCCUCUAGAAUUUUCUUCUUGCCCAUUGAACUCUGAUGAAGAGGUGAACAAAUGGUUGCAUUUUUUUGAGAUGAAGGCUCCUUUGAUUUGUCUGCCAGUUUUUGUCUCCAAAGACCCAGGGUUCGAUUUGCGGUUGGAGCACACCCACUGUUUCAGCCACCAUGGAGAAGGGGGACACUACCACUAUGACACAACUCCAGACACAGUGGAGUAUCUUGGCUAUUUCUUACCUGCAGAGGUUCUCUAUCGCAUCGAUCAACCAAAAGAGACCCAUUCGUUUGGGCGAGAUUAAACCAACUGCUACUCAUUUAGAAAAAGAAAUGAUAAAAUUAAUGAAUUGAUUAACUCAUUAACUGAUACAAAUAUAAAAUCUAAUAAAAGUGAUCUCACUACUUAAACCCUUUAAUUUUGGCCUUUGAAAUGAAAGGUAGGUUGACAUUAUGUUAUCUCAUAGCUCUAUCUGAAGAAGUUUAUUGCAAACAAAGAUACAUAAAGGGAGAUGUUUUUCAUUAUUCUUUUAUCCUAGAAAAUCAGUUACAUUUAUACUGUAACUAUAAACAUGCCCAGGAGUCAUGUGAUUGGUUAUUUUUACAUAAUUUACAUUUGCUUAAAUUAUUAAAAUUUUCAAAUUAGUCUCAAAACUGCUAAUUGGAUAUUAGAAAAAUCAAGUGUUGGGAACUUUGAUAGUUGUUGAAUCUUUGUAUUGAAUUUUAAAGAAUCCAUUUUAGAAGUCAGAGUACACUUUUUUCAUGGAAUAAGGCGGUCAGAGGGAGGAACUUUACCCCUUUUGGUAAAGUUCAGUCCCACUCAGAGUUUGCAAAUUGCCUUUCACAAGCAUUAGCGACUAGAUGGUUAGCCAUGAUUCCUCCUUUGGAUUGCCACCUGGAAGCAGUUUGUGCCUUGUUGGUUACUUGUAAGAAGGGAAAAGAAACAGCAUCAAAAUACACAUUAAACUGAGUAUAUUUUUAUUUUUUAAGCGGAGCUAUUGCUAAACAUGACCACUGUCCUUUGAGAAAUACAAAAUUAUACUCUUACUGAUUAUAAUGGUUGAAAUUUUCCUCAGUGUUCUUUUACAAUCAUUGGCCAGAAAUUAACUCUUUAACUUAUUAAUGCCAACAGUGUGCAGAUUUAGGAGCUCUUCAGAACUAACCCCGUAAUAAAUCUUCAAAAAAUAUUUUUGUCUUCUUUGGAUGUUAGCUAUAAUAACAUAUCCUUUGAGUAUAAAUUACUAAAUAUUAUUUUAAAAUAAGCACUAGUUUGU